AUGCUCGAUUGGUUGUUCGCUAGAUUAGGUACUAUUAUUACAGGGCAAACUGAAAUGUCGGAUUUAAAUCAGAAUAUUUCGCUUGGAUCAAAGAAUAAUCCAAUUUCUUUAGAGUAAGAAAAUCAUUGAAGUGUUGCCUGAUAAAAUUAGAUUAUUAUCUUUUUCAGUGAUUCUUCUGAUGAAAGUGAUAGUGGUGACACAAUCGCAAGGUAAUUUUUCAAAAACUAUUCGUCGUUUUUCAUAAGUACAUUUUUAUUUCAGUGAGGAAUUCGUCCCAUCGUAUCAUGCGAUCAGAAAUGAAUCUUGGAGAUAUAUUCCGCGAAAACCAACACGAGGGCGACCGAAAGGAACAAGUAUUUCGAGAGAUGGAAAAACUUUUCUAAUCACAUCGAAAAAUAUCAAAAGAGGUCGCCCGCGAAAAGGUUCGAUUCGUCCACAAAAAUUCAAAAGAAAUUUGGAUUCCACUAACAAACCAGCUAUUUUGAAGAAAGGAAGAAAAAGAAGAAAAAUCAAGAGACAAUCUGUAGUUCGACAAGAAACACCUGCUAAUAUCCCAGAAGUUAGGCGAGUACAAAAAAAGGACGCUGAAGAAGGAAAAGGGCGGGAUAUUCAAAUAUUUCCAAUCUUUAAACAAAGGUCAGUCAUUUAUCUCACCAUUGUGUUAUUGCUGAGUAUAAAAUGCAAUUGUAUUUUAGGUUAACAGGAGCACCACUUGCGACUAUCGAUGAAAAUAUUGACGAAUCCACGCCAUCUACUAGUAUUCAAGAAGAGAAUCAAUCAAUUCGACAAGAAACACCUACAAUUCCAGAAGUUACAAGAGUUUCUAUUGGCAAUGAAGAAAUGAAAGGGCGUGAGAUUUCUCCAAUAUUUGAACAACGGUUAGUCAUUCGUCUUACUAUUGUAUUAGCUUUCUUAUAUAUUAAAAGGUGACAAGAAUGAAACGACCGGCUUCCGCUAGUCUUCAUUCUUCUAUGAGAAAAGUCUAUCUGGGACAUACCUCCUUUAUGAAUCUAUUGUAUUGGGCGAUGACCUCAUCCAGUGCAAAAUUCAAAUCGAUUUGUAUUUUACACCGUUAGAGAAAAAAAUCAAGUCACAAAAAAUCACAUAACAAAAACAAACUUUAAAAAAAGAUCAAAAAAUAAAAAUAUAAAAUAAUUUCGGCUUUAUUGUUACUAUCAUCAAGCGACUUUUUGAUGAAAUAACGUUUUUUUCAUUUUUAAAUCAUUUCCUCACCAAGAAAUAUACUUGUCCAUAUCCACAAAACACCCAAUAUAUUCCCCUUCUUGUCUCAAAGUUCUAACAACCUUUAGAAACAACACAUGCCCAUUUCAUAUUUCAAAAAAAGAUGUAUUAUUUCUCCCGACUUCAAAGUUUUUAAAAGAUUCUAAAACUUCCUUUCAAAAGCAUCCUCGAUUCAAAUGCAAAUCAGUUUAAAAAUUUUCGAACUCUACAGAACUCCCUCCGACUAAAACUUCACUACUCAAUCGAACCCGAAAAAAGAACUAACCUUUGAAAUUUUGACCGUUCCUCUCCUCGCUCAAAAUUGAUGUAUAGCUUCAUGUUUCCCAACAAAAUCAUCUCGAAUAUUUACUUCCACGACUAAUCUGAAAAAAAUUUUCAAUUUCAUUCCUUGAUGUUCCUCUUCUCCCAACUAAAGAAUAAAUUAAUCAGUAAAAAAUGAUUCACCAUUGCCACCUUCUUCGUCAUCACUUGCACCAUCAUCGUCUUCGAAUUUUCGACCAAAUUUCCUUCCUCGUCCAUUUCGACACCUGAAAAAAACGAUUUUUUGAAAAAAAAAACGUUAACAGUUAAAGAUUUUCAAAAUGAAAUUCAGAAUUCAAAAAAAAAAUUAAUGAAACUUUUGGUUGUUUUUUAUUGAUUCAAAACGCUAUUUCAAAAAAUUGGCGUCCAUAAGAGAGAGAGAAGAGACAAAAAGUCAGUGAAUUCGCGCGUGAUCUACAGUGAUUUAAAAACUUGCGGGACUAGGUUAGGAAUUUUUUUAAUUUAACAAAAAAUAAUAAUUUCGCGUUGUAAUCAUCUCACUACAAAAUUACCUUCAGAUCUUUCCAAUAUUCACAAAAAUUAAGGCAGAAAUUCAAGCGUAUUGAAAAAUCAGAAAUAAGCAAAAUGAUUCACCUCAAAUUAUUUAAAUUUAAAUCCAGGGCUUGACCUACUUUUGUGCCCUAGAUUUAAAUUUAAAUAAUUUGACGUGAAUCAUUUUGCUCAUUUCUGAUUUUUGGAUUGCCGCCUUAAUUUUUUGAAACGUAUCGUUUAACUUAAAGAAAUAUGUGAAUAUUGGAAAGUUCUGAAGGUAAUAGUCCAUUUUAGAUUAACCUUUCAGGGUUAAAAUUACAAGAUACAUAAUCAAUUUGAUAAACAAAUUUCAAUUUUUGCUCAAAAAAUGACCCGGUGUAAAAUACAAAUCAAUUUGAAUCUUGCACUGGAUGAGGCCAUCACCUAAUUUUUCGAAAUAAUCUAUAGAAUCUCUAGUUUUUUGUGAUAAUUAUACAACUAUCUUAAUUACAAGAUAUAUGCAUUUGAUAAACACAUUUCAAUUAUUUGCCCAAAAAAUGACCCGGUGUAAUAUACAAAUCGAUUUUUUUAGUUUGGUCAGAACACCAUUCGCGAAUAUAAAUGAAGAUGGUAAUCAAUCCACAUCAGCUACUAGUCAAGAAGAUAAUCAAAAUGAGAAUACAACCGGAAAGCGGUUGAUCAUGGGACAACAACAAGUUGGGAAUUUCAGAAAAAGGUGAACUUUUUUUAAAUUACAUUUCAAUUAUUUUCUUGAUUUUUAUAGAGGCCCAAAGAGAUAUAUUGAUGCAGAAAAAGAGAAUGAUGGAGAAAUAUACGAGGAUUUUGAGCACAAUGAUAUUCCAGAACCGCUCGGAAAACGAAGAGCACCACCCGUGGAUUCCGAUUCCAGUGUGAAUCGUAAUGUUUUGAAAAAUGUGAUUUUGGAUGAAGUCUUCAAUUCAAAUCAUGAGAAUAAUGAAACACCAUCAAAACAAUGUGUAAAUGCUGAAAAAUUGGUUCCGGAAGUGUUGCAAAUCGACUCAAAUCAUCAUAUGAAAAAUAUGAAAUCACCAGAAAAAUCUGCAAACGUUGAAAAUUUGGUUCAAGAACUGUUGGAAAAUGAGGAGAUUGAAGAAUUGGACGAUGAAGAUGAUUCGAAGCAAGACGCAUCAAAGGAAAACGAUAAACAAAAUACAGUCAUAACUGAUUUCAAGGUUGGAAAAGUCAGAAGUUGUGAACGAGGAUGGGAAAGUGUGUGGAACAAUUCAGAAGUUGGAAUGGUGGAAACGGGAGUUCGAGAAGAUGAUGGAGAAUUGAGAAAUAUCAGAAUUGAACCAAAAUGUUAUGGCAAUAAUGUGCAACCACGUCCGAUGAAAAAAGAUGAAGCAGAAGAUGAAAAUAUUGUGAUUAAACCGAACCCCGCGAAAUUAUUGUUCAGCCAUAAUUACAAAUUUCAACUUCGCAAGGUUUGUUCUAUUAAAUACGUCAAUUCAAACAUUUAUUCAAUAUUUUUCAGAGUCAAAAGGAAGCAAUUCGAGGAGAACAACUUGGUUCGUUCUGUUAUAGCAAGCAAUACUUCUGGAAUACCGAAUAAAAAAUUCGGGAAAAAUGAUCUUGAAAGUUUUGGUCAAGGUGAUAUCGAUUGGGUAAUUCAAGCUAUUCAUGAGGUAGGGUUUUUGCUGAAGGUUUUUUUGGGAAAAUUUGCAAAAAAUUGAAAAAUUUAUUAAAAUAUAAAUGUUUACAGACUUCGGAUAGUAACAAGUUCUUUGUUUUGUAUGAAGGUUGGACUGCUGAAACUGGAUCUUUCCAUAGUUUGAAGCAAUUAAAACGAACAGCCCCAAUAAUGUUGGCAGAAUGCAGAUCUCGAUCGAAAAUAAUUCGAGCAAUUGAACAACAAAUCGGUUCGAGCCUUCGACAUAAUUUCGGCGAUCUUCGAAAAUACCCGAAUAAUUUAUUUUGGGCACUCGAAGAUAUGACUUAUUUCCAGAAUGAAAAGUGAGUUUGACAUAAUUUUCCACUUUUAUUUUUUUAAAUAUAAUUUUUGCAGAAGGAAAGAUCGAAAAAAUAUUUCUACGGUGUUUUAUCUAUCGACUGCUUCAAAAAUUAAAGAAGUACCGAAUUUUGUUGUGAGUUUUUCUUCUCGAAUUCCAAAUCGAUCAUGAUUUUGAAAAUUGCAGUACAUCAAUAAAAAUAUUGUCGAACGAAACACUGAAAAAAUGAUAAACAAUAAUCAAAAUUCAGUGAAUAUUGAUGAAUGGAUGAGCAAAUCGGUAUACAUUGCCAACGAUGGAAAAUCAUCAUGCAGUUCUCCAGAUUGUAAAUGCAAUACUCGACAAGAAUUGGUAUAUAAUUUAAAUAAAGGUCUAGAAGAUCAUCAUCGAUUGAAGUUUCGUAAAAAUGGAUCAUUGGAUUUGUCGAAAUUCAAAAUUGAAGAACGUCGAUAUAUUAUUGAAUGUUCCGAUGCUUGUGGAUGUGGUUCAUUAUGUCCAUCAAGAAGAAUCCAACAAGGUCAAACAAUUCCAUUAGUCAUCAGUUAUGAGAAUUUCGAAAAAGGUUAUGGAGUUCGAGCUGGAAGUGAUAUUAAAAGAGGAGAAUUCAUUUGUGAAUACACUGGUGUUGCAAGAAAAGUCAAUCCAAAGCGAGAUGAUAAGUAUUCUUUGGAAUUUGGUAUUGUUCUCAGUAAUUGUGCGAUUGAUGCGAUGAAUUAUGGGUUUGUGAAAAAUUUUAAAAAAACCGAAGAAAAAUAAAAACUGAAAUUUAGAAAUGUUGCUCGCUUCAUGAAUCACUCCUGCACACCAAAUUCAAUGUAUGUCGAAGCACAUACUCGUGUCAAUGAAACAAGUCCACUUCUCCCACGCGUCGGUAUUUUUUCAAUCGAAGAUAUUGCAAUUGGAGAAGAAAUCACUGUUUCGUAUUAUACAAUUGAGGCGCUCAAGAAUGCAGCCAAAAGAUCUACUGGAAAAUAUAAAUGCUUGUGAGUUUUAGUGGGAACAUUGAAAUAUAUAGUGGGAACAUUGAAAUGAAAUAUUGAUUUUAAAUUUCAGCACAAUAAAUCAGAAAGUUUUUUUCCCUUUGAAAAAAUUUAAAAAAAUUUAUAUCAAUAUAUUGAACAUUUUCUGGAUUUCCUAUCCUAUCCUAUCCUAUCCUCUCCUAUCCUAUCCUAAAUCCUAUCCUAGGAUUAUAAUACCUUCUCCGAAAAAUUAAAUUUUUGUGGAGUUCCUGAAAAUGCCAACAGAAGCUUUAUCAAAUUAGUGUGAAAUUAUCCAUACCAAAUUUUUAAAAUUUCAGUCGAAAAUCAUGAAUUUCCGAUCCAGAGAAUCCAAAAAAAGAGAUUUUUGAGGUUUUCAGCCAGAAAUUUGAAGAAGAAGAAGUAUCAGUGCACUCCGAUUUAUUGAGAUAAAAUUUGAAUUUUUCUCAAAAAUCAAGCCUGGCCCGAUUCCAAAUUUUUUCAAAAACGUCCUAAUUUUUUUUCAGCUGCAAAUCGAAAAAUUGUCUCGGAUGGAUGCCAAAAUUUCUUUAG